AUGGAUGAUGACUUACUAGCCCUUGUCAAGAAUCAAAUAUCGACAAAGGCUAGGAAGCAAAUUCUGAAAGCGAGUCUACGUGGUAUUGCUGAGUUGCAUAGCCAUGAUAUCGUUCACUUGGACAUCAAACCCGAUAAUAUUAUGGUCAACUAUCGCGGCACCGGCUGGCGCAGCCCAGAGGCCCAUUUUAAGGGAGAGCUCAAUAAACCGUCCGAUAUCUUUUUGUUCGCUGCUGUGUGUAUCUAUGCUAUGCUCGGCCAGGUCGUCUUUGGAGCAGAAGAAGGCCUAAGCGACUUUGAAGCCCAGGGCGUGUUUCCUCAUAUUGUCCGCCUCCGGCGUCAAGUUUCUUUUUGGGGGGAUAGAGAAGGGUUAAAUGGACUAAUUACGCAUGUUAGUGACGAGGAAGUGAACUCCCAAGUUCUAGGUAUGCUCUGGGAUGAUCGAGCUGCGGACUACCAUUCAUAUAGACCAUUUUCAGAUUGGCCAACUGUCACCGAUGAUAACUUCAAGGAUCUUAUUCGAGGAAUGACCAAUCUAGACCCACGGAAGCGUAUUACAGCACGCGAGGCGUUACAGCAUCCCUGGUUUUCUGGCUGUAAGAUUGGCAAUAUCGGGAGUUAUGACCUUCAACAUGCUACAAGCACCACGGUGUAG